ACACCACUACACUGUUUCACAUUUUUCUACCGCUACAUUCUCCGACCUAAUAUUAUUUAUCAGUUCAUUCGCCUUCUGCAAGGACUUGUAAUUUGGACCAACCGGUACUCCGUAACUUGGAAUAGCUUGACAAGAGGAUUGUUGUUUUAUUAAAGGGGGUGAUAUUCUUGAGGAGAUAUCGGGAGCUGUAGCUUGCAGUCUGCUUCAUAACUGGGAUUUUAGUUCAUACAAACGGAACCGGUCUCUCGAUACAUUUUAGUAGGUUUUUGAGGUCUCGCAAGGGAACUGGUGGUGUAUGGGACAACGUUGGCAGGUAGCUCCAACCCCUGUCCAACCCACCGAGGCAGCAUGAGUUCUAAGGGGGGAGGUGGCACAGCCCUGAACCGAAGGAACUACAGACUGGCCUCUGAUACAGAUAAGCCCAAAGUGACAGGUAUUGUGAAUGAGAAGCUACUGAGUGACUACCUCCAUCAUGUAUUCCCAGCCUCCCACCUAACCUGCCCCCCGCUGGCAUCCCUCAGGAAACCUCUGAGCUUCCAGGACCUGGGAGCUCACCUGGAGAGGCUUUUGGCUGAGGGGGAGCCCCCUGAGGACACUAGAGAUCAACCUGUGGAUGGUCGUCUUGGCCCUCUCUCCGUAGUCCUAGAUCACACCAGUGGCUUCGAAGGCCUCUUGUUCGUAGAUGAUGACCUUCUGGGGGUCAUCGGUCAUAGCAAUUUCAGCUCUAUCAGAGCCACAACAUGUGUAUACAAAGGGAAAUGGGCGUACGAGGUUCUGAUCUCAUCCCAGGGCCUGAUGCAGAUCGGUUGGUGCACUUUGAACUGCAGGUUUAACCAAGAGGAGGGAGUGGGAGAUACUCCAGACUCGUACGCUUACGAUGGCAACAGAGUCAGGAAGUGGAAUGUGACAACAACCAAUUAUGGCAAGUCCUGGGCUGCAGGAGACAUUGUGAGCUGUUUGAUAGACCUCGACGAGGGAACCAUCACUUUCUGCCUGAAUGGCCAGUCCCUGGGCACAGCCUUCAGCAACAUAAAGAUGGGUCCAGGCGUGGCUUAUUUCCCUGCUAUCAGCUUGUCAUUCAAAGAGUCGGUGGCGUUCAACUUCGGCAGUCGACCCCUCAGAUAUCCUGUAGAGGGCUACCGGCCUCUGCAGAACCCUCCGACUGCAGACCUGCUCAGGGCCCACAAGCUGCUGGGCUACAUCAAGACUGUCCUGUCCACUACCUUGGACACACAGGAGGAGAAGGUUGUUGAGAAAGACAGUGCCUGCUGGAGUAUUCAUGGAGAACCCACCACCCUAGUAACUCUGGCCCUCAUCUUCAACUACUUCGCCCCUCUGAUGUGUAAGGUGUAUCUAGUAGAAGAUGUCCUGAUGAACUUCCUGCUGGGUAUAUUGGAGGGGGGAGGCUCAGUGGAUGAACACCCCCUCAUCCAGCAGCUACUAGAUCUCUUUUGGCUGCUCAUGGAGGACUAUGAGGUGAACGAGUGCCUGAAGCAGCUGAUGAUGUCACUACUGAGGGCAUAUAGGUUUUCCCCCAUCAUCCCAGACCUGGGCUUCCAGAUUCACUACCUGCGCUUGACGACGGCCAUCCUGCGCCAUGAGAAGUCGAGGAAGUACCUACUUAGCAACGUUCUGUUUGACGUGCUUCGCUCCGUGGUGUUCUUCUACAUCAAGACCCCUCUGAGGGUGAAGGAGGCGGGGUUGGAGGAACUCAUCCCCACCACCUGGUGGCCCACGCGCUUUGAUAAAGAGGGAAAGGACGAGAUGGAGUCUAAAGACGAGAGCGCAGAGGAGAGGCUGAGACGCCGGGCCUAUGAGAGAGGCUGCCAGCGGCUCAAGAAGAGGAUUGAGGUGGUGGAGGAGCUGCAGGUUCAGAUCCUGAAGCUAAUGCUCAACAACAAGGACAAAGGGACGGGGGAAGCGUCACGGUACAUAUUCCUGAAUAAGUUCCGGAAGUUUCUGCAGGAGAAUGCCAGCAACAGAGGGCAUCCCACAGCGCUGUGUCCUCCAGAGUACAUGGUGUGCUUCCUGCAUCGUCUCAUCACAGCCGUGAGGAGCUACUGGGACGAGGGCAAGAGGAAGAGUCCUAGUAGCAUCAGCAGCGAUGAAGCCUACGUUCCUCCUCAGCUUUUCUACAAUGGAAAGGUAGACUACUUUGACCUGCAGCGACUUGGAGGGCUUCUCUCACAUCUGAAGAAAACCCUCAAAGAUGACCUGGCUGCCAAAGCCAACAUCAUUAUUGACCCGGCUGAGAUCCAGGCUACCUCCAUGGACGAUCUGGAUGAAGAUGAGGAGAGUGGAGCUGCCCAGAGGCCUUUCGGUGCGGUAGCCAUGGGCGGAGCUUUGGCCAGACCCAGCUGGCUUAGUUCUCCGACGCUCGGCCGGGCUAAUCGUUUCCUGAGCACGGCUGCCGUCAGCCUCAUGACCCCCAGGCGCCCCCUGGUGCCCCCCGAGAAGGUCAAGGUUCGCACCCUGGCCGUGGAGCAGAGAACGGAGGAGGACAUCGAGGGAAGCCAUGGUAACGAUGGACUGUUGCUGGGGCGACCGUUGGAAGAGCCUGACCAGCCAAUCACAGAGAAGUCUCUGCUGGAGAUAUUGGACGGUAUCGUCAUGAUGUACAACCUGAGCGUUCAUCAACAGCUGGGCAAGAUGGUGGUGGUAUCGGAUGACGUCCAUGAAUACGCCGUGGCUUUGAAGGACACGGAGGAGAAGAUAGCACGCUGUCCUGGAAGAAGAUCAGACAUCUUGGAGGAGCUCCAGAAGAGUCAGAAGGUGUUUGCUGAGAAGCUGAAUCACCUGAGCAGGAGAUUGGCCUGGAUCAACGCAACCAUCUACUCUAAGGAGAAGAUGCUGGACGUGUACUGGCUGUUGAGGGUCUGCAUUCGCACCAUCGAGCACUCAGACCGCACAGGGUCGCUGUUCGCAUUCACCCCAGAGUUCUACCUCAAUGUGGCCAUGAACAGCUACAGUGCCCUCAAGAACUACUUCAGCCCCUCCAACUGCAUGGAUGAGCUCCCAGGCUACGAGGACACCCUCACUCAACUGGCUGCUAUUCUCGCAAACCACUUUGCUGACCCCCGGAUUGUUGGGACAGACAUAAAAGACUCCCUCAUGCAGGCUCUAGCCAGUUAUGUUUGUUACCCGCAAUCCCUCAGGGCUGUGGAAAGGAUCCCAGAAGAACAACGAGUGGCCAUGAUGACCAACCUUUUGGCUCCUUAUGAACAGAGGCCCUGGGCUCAGACCAACUGGAUUCUAGUUCGGCUGUGGAGGGGCUGUGGCUUUGGAUACAGAUACACCCGACUACCCCAUCUGCUGAAAACCAAACCAGAGGAUGCCAACCUACCCAGUCUGCAGAAGCCGUGCCCAUCCCUUCUGCUGCAGAGACACAUGGCGGAGCUUCUCUCUCUGGAUAAAGACAUGGCCGCCUCCUUCCUCAACUCUGUCCUCAACCAGCUCAACUGGGCCUUCUCCGAGUUCAUCGGCAUGAUUCAGGAGAUACAGCAGGCAGCCGAGCGUCCUGAGAGGAACUUUGUGGACACGAGGCAACUGAAGGUGUGCGCCACUUGUUUCGACCUUUCUGUCAGCCUGUUGCGGGUCCUGGAGAUGACCGUCACCCUGGUUCCACAGAUCUUCCUGGACUGGACACGCCCAUCCGCUGAACUGCUGCUCAGACGCUUGGCUCAGCUUCUGAACCAGGUGCUAAACCGAGUGACGGCGGAGAGGAACCUCUUUGACCGUGUGGUCAACCUCCGUCUCCCAGGCCUAGAGAGUGUGGACCACUACCCCAUCCUGGUGGCUGUGACCGGCAUCCUGGUUAGACUUCUGGUGGACUGUGAGAGACAGGGGGUGUCACGGGCGGCUGCAGUGUUGUUGUCUGACCCCUGCUUCCAGCUGCACUCCAUCCAGCACCUCCUCGGGGAAGGGGAGGCCCCUCCGACUGCGGUCGCGCUCCCCCACGCCACUACGGGGCCUGCGGCUGGGCUUGCUGCCGCUGCCGCCCCAGUGGAGCGCAAACACUUCUCGUUGCGGGCAUACACAGACUAUAUUAGCGACGAGGAGGAACAGAAGGUGAAGCAGAUGCUGAACCUCCUGACGGAGGAAUCCAAGCAGGCCGCAGCCAGCACCGCGCCCACCAGCGAGGAGGACCUGUGUCCCAUCUGUUACGCCCACUCCAUCUCCGCUGUCUUCAAACCCUGUUCACACAAAUCCUGCAAAGCAUGCAUAAACCAGCACCUGAUGAACAACAAAGACUGUUUCUUCUGCAAGGCCACCAUCACCGGAGUGGAGGACUACAGCAAGCCGUCCACCUCUUAACACACACACACACACACCCACACAACAACAUGAACCCAGUCUCACACACGAACACACACAACAAUGAACCCAG